UUGCUGCUGCGCGACGCCGACGCGGCCGUGCGAGUGCGGCGCAGCGACGGUCGAGCCAAGCUCACUACUCCAAAUUCGUGUCGUAGUCGUAGGAGGAAUGUGGGAGAGAAUACAGGGGAGAAGCCGAGAGCCGAACGAAGAGACCGAGCCCCCGCCGCCCGCGGCGUCUGUUCCUUUCGUGCCGCUUCGUGGUGGCGCCGUGGCGCCCACCACCACCUCACCUCUCAGUCUCUCACCACCUAUAGCAAUACCACGAGUCCACGAUCCAUGGAAUAGACUAGACUACACCGCUCGGCCGGUGACGACGACGGCGACAGCCGACAGUCUAUCCCCAACUACGCUCUGCACCAGCGCCUUAUCCGCCGCCUGGGGUUUGUUCUGGCGCGGUGGCAGUUGAUAAAGGCGGGAGGGAUUAGAGCAAGGAGAGGGAUCGGCGAUGAGCUUCGCGGAUCUGGAGGCGGGGGCUCUCAGGGCGCCCCUCGGGAGGAAAGCGAGAGGGGGGCCAAACGACGCGAGAGCGCUCGUCUUCCAGAUAACCACCGCGGUGGCCUCGUACCGCCGCCUCCUCAACUCGCUCGGCACGCCCAAGGACACCAUCACGCUUCGUGAUAACCUGCAUAAGACUAGUCAGAACAUCCUUCAAUUAGCAAAGGAUGCGAAAGAUAAGCUCCAAAAGGCUGCUGAAGCAGACAAGAGCACUGAUACAAGUGCAGACAAGAGGAUAGCUGAUAUGAAGCUUGCCAAAGAUUUUGCUGCCACAAUGGAGGAGUUCAGGAAACUUCAGAGUCUUGCGAUUCAGAGGGAGACGGCAUAUAAGCCAGUUGUUCCACAGAAUACGCAGUCAAACUAUUCUACAGAUGAGCGAAGUUCCGAAUCUGGUAAUAUGCCUGAGCAGCGUGCAUUACUCGCUGAAUCAAUGAGACAAGAGGUGCUGCAAUUGGACAAUGAAAUUGUUUACAAUGAAGCUAUAAUUGAGGAAAGGGAGCAAGCCAUUCAAGAUAUCCAACAGCAGAUUGGUGAAGUACAUGAAGUGUUCAAAGAUCUUGCUACCCUUGUGCAUUCCCAAGGAAUCAUAAUCGAGGAAAUCGACAUGAACAUUGAAAAUUCUGCAGCAGUGACCAAAGAGGCAAAGACAGAGGUCGCCAAAGCAGUCAAGACUCAGAAAUCGAAUUCGUCCCUGUUUUGGCAGCUUGAGACAUGCAACCUUUUCUCUUACAGAGCUAUUCCGCGGAGUUCAGAAUUGAAGAUUGUUCGUGGUUCUUAUCUAACCAUCAUAUCGUGUGCCAAAAAAAAUGUCACCAACGGAUUUUAGAAGCCCCCCCCCCCCCCUUUACAUUUCAUGGCUUGUGAGUGAGCGGUUCUCUUUGCCAUGUCAUGUCAUGUGUGAGUCCUUUUUUUCAUGGCUUGCCUUGAGUGAACACUGAUGUUCUUUUGCUUCUUUGGAUUUCGGAAGUUCGCUUGGUGUGAUUUUUGUAACCCUGUAAGUACCCCGAUCAAAUAAAGCAAAGAGAUGGUUACGCGUAUA